AUGAAUAAAUUUUUUGUGUUUUUUUGUUUUAUUUUAAGCUUAUUUAAUUCAAAUAAGAUAUUUUUUGACAAAUGUUUUAAUAUCUGUGAAAAUGAUAAUAAAAAUAAUUAUAAUUUAAUCAGACGAUUAUGUGAAAUAUAUUCACAUAUUGAUGAGACAACUGCCAAAAUGUUACAAACACAUAUAAAGAAUCAUAUAAAUAAUGAUAAAGAUAAUGAUAUAGAUACAUUAUCUAAUUAUGAUGUAACAGAUAAAAAACCUAAUUAUUUUUAUUUACUAAAACAAGAAAUAAAUGAUGCAAAAUAUGAUUACACUCAUCAUGUUAAUUCUUUGAAUAAUGAUUCACAUAGGAAUGCUAUUAAAACGUUGAAAGGUAAAUUAGAAUUUUAUGAUAAUCUAUUUUUAGACAAAAUAUUAGAUUUAAGGAUUCAGAAUAAGCAUUCACCAAUAUUAGAUUUAUUCGUAGUUUCAUUGUUUGAAAUUUUACCUCUUUUGUGUCGACCCUUAUCAUUCAUAAUACCUAUAUAUCUCAUUAAAAGAUUUUCAUUUCUUCUUAAGUUUGACGAGGAUCAAAGUACACGUAAACUUAUAAAAUAUGAGAAUUUGAAAUAA